AGGAGAAGGGACACAGGAGAGAGGGAGAGCGGGGGGCAAGACGCAUCAAAGGAAAACAAAGCAAAAAAUAAUGAUAAUGAUAAUAAUCAUGACUCCUGUAAUUAACACUACGUCUCUUUGCACAUCAUAAUGGCUCCACUGUUUACCUACAGUGUGCCGCAAUAAAUGACGAGCCGCCCCUCGAAGUGCACUCCGGCUUGAGAGAGAUGUCAUCUCCAGGCAUGGGGACCCCCACAGACCCUCUCCUGGCCAGCCCAGGAGGGAGGUCAUCCUCAGCUCAGGAAGGCCUCUGGAGGACCUCGCUGCCCAAGACGGCCAGCUUCCCUACAUCCACCACACGGCACCUCAGUCACAGAGCCAACAACUUCCAAAGACAGCCGAAGCGCAGGAAGCUGAUACGACCCUCACCGCCUCCCCCGCCCAACACGCCUUGUCCCCUGGACCAGCUGGACCUCAGCGAGCUUCCCCCCAGACGCACCUUCCAGGAGCUGCUCUUCAACGGCUGCAUCCUGUUCGGGAUUGAGUUCAGCUACGCCAUGGAAACGGCCUAUGUGACCCCUGUUCUCCUACAAAUGGGCCUCCCGGAUCAGUUCUACAGCCUGGUGUGGUUCAUCAGUCCCAUUCUUGGAUUCCUUGUUCAGCCUCUUAUAGGAGCAUGGAGUGAUCGUUGCACGUCCCGGUUUGGAAGAAGGAGACCUUUUAUUUUUGCUCUGGCUGUAGGGGCUUUAGUGGGUCUGACCCUGGUUCUGAACGGACGAGACAUCGGGGGGGUCCUGGCCGACACGGCAUCGAAUCACAAGUGGGGAAUCAUCCUGACGGUGUGUGGCGUGGUCCUGAUGGAUUUCAGCGCCGACUCGGCCGACAACCCGAGCCAUGCCUACAUGAUGGAUGUGUGCAGCCCGGAGGAUCAGGACCGGGGGCUCAACAUUCACGCGUUACUAGCAGGACUGGGAGGAGGAUUUGGCUACAUCGUAGGCGGCAUCAACUGGGACCAGACGCAGUUUGGGAGGUCCAUGGGGGGUCAGCUCAGGGUCAUAUACCUGUUCACCAGCAUCACAUUGGUGUUCGCCACCGCCAUGACUCUGAUGAGCAUUCCUGAGAGGCCGUUACCAAAGAGCCAACCAAACAGAAACUCCAGUAAGGACCAUCUGAAAAGCCCCAGCCUCCUUCUGCCUCCGUCUCCUUCCGUCCCCCCCGGAGCCGGUCCGGGGCUGGACGAGGAGGACGAGGACGGACUUUACAGCUACAGCUUUCCCAAGCCUCAUCAAGGUAAUUCUGACCCCUUGGCCCACUCUUGCAGCGCCAACGCACGCCUGUGUGCCGGCCUCACCAGCCCCAUAUCGCCCCUGAGUCCCCUCACUCCAAAAUAUGGCAGCUUUAUAAGCAGGGACAGCUCACUCACUGGCAUCAAUGAGUUUGCAUCUUCGUUAGGAACCUCCUACAUAGACAGCGUGCUUAUAGACUGCUACACAGGCCAGCAGACUCCUCCGAGCCUGGCUUCAGGCUCCACUGCCAUGCCCCUGCCUCCAGGAGAAUCUCCUCCCUCUGAGAAGGCGGGUAACCCCUCUGCAGGGCAGACAGAGGCUGAUGGGGGGUCCCAUGCAGCUGAAGAGGCUCAGGAGGCAGAGGGGCCUCAGACCGAGGGAGAUGCACAAACUCAAGGCGCUCCUGCGGGCACAGCCGGGACUCAGUCAGGGGCCGGGCUGCACCGGGGAUCCUCUGCUGGGAUCCUGAAGCGGCCUCAGAGUCUGGCGCUGAUGGAGGAGCCCACAGCGACGCAGAUUGUUGGGCUGGAGAACGGGAGGAGGAGAACAGUGACUUUCAGCCAACAGGUGGCAAAUAUUUUGCUAAACGGAGUGCGAUACGAGAGCGAUCUAAGUGAAAAUGUGGAGACAGGAGAAUCCCAGAUGUCCAUGAAGCUGCUGUGUAUAGCCAUCUACAGAAUGCCUCCCUCUCUGAGGAGUUUAUGCACUAAUCAUUUUUUAGGCUGGUUGUCAUUUGAAGGUAUGCUGCUCUUCUACACCGACUUCAUGGGCGAGGUUGUGUUUGAGGGAGACCCCAAAGCGCCGCACGACUCUGAAGCUUACCAGCGCUACAAUGCUGGCGUCAGCAUGGGCUGCUGGGGCAUGUGCAUCUAUGCAUUCAGCGCUGCUUUCUACUCAGCCAUAUUGGAGAAGCUAGAGGAACGUUUCUCCCUACGCACUCUUUAUUUUUUUGCCUAUUUGGCAUUUGGUUUGGGCACAGGCCUUGCAACGCUAUCCACCAACCUCUAUGUGGUGCUUUCGCUCUGUGUCACCUAUGGCGUGCUCUUCUCCUCUCUGUGUACGCUGCCUUACUCUCUGCUGUGUGAAUACUACCAGAGCCCUCAGUUUUGCGGCUCAUCCGAAGAUGGGACCAGACGCGGGAUGGGGGUGGACAUCUCUCUGCUCAGCUGUCAGUAUUUCCUGGCACAGAUCCUCGUCUCUGUGGCGAUGGGACCUCUGACCUCACUGGUGGGCGGGGCUCAGGGGGUGAUGUACUUUGCAAGCCUGAUGUCAUUCGUGGGCUGCCUGUACUCCUCCCUCUGCGUGGUGUACCAGCUGCCCCCCCCUGAGGGAAGAGGAGAAGUUGAAACUGGGGUGUGAAACCAAGCAAAACAGAGGAACGGCAAACAGAGAGAAGACUCAUGUGGACGGACGGCGUUAAAAAAAACUAAACAAAAAAACAACCGUGGGGAUUCGCGGAGCCAGCAGCGAGUCCUUCCUUGUCAUCAUUAGGGUGCAUGCUUAAAAUAGUAGGCUUCUGCUCCACCGUGCUCAGCCCAUCAUUUCUGUACAAAGAUAAUCCCUCGGUUGUCUGCAGAGGUCUCCAUUGGAAGUUCAUCUCUCUCAGCAAACACAUUUAAGUUGUUGUUGCAUCUGCUGUGCCAUGCCAGCUGUUCAAAAGGCAGAAACUAUGGUAAUGUGGAGCCUUUUGUUUUGGCGGCUCCACUGAGCACCUCAACCUUCAGGCGCCUCUGCAGAAUAUCAGUAAUUGUCUACUAUUGAAGCCUCCUGGACUGAGCUGAUCCCCGCCACGCUAACGUUUCUUAGGAAACAAGAACUGUCUGGAUCUCGCUGUUGCAGCUUGCUUGAGGAAGAAAUACAACACAAGAAAUACAACACUUUGUGUUAUAUGGUACCUCCUUACUGCUCAAUGUUAGCAUCAAUGUAAAAGCUACUUUUAUUCAGGGCUCAGUUCAAACUAAAAUGAUCAUUUUUGCCA